AUGCAGGAUUCACCCAGCUCCCUGGUGAUGGAUGGAUACUCCAGCAAUGUGCCAGCUUUCCUAACCAAACUCUGGACACUGGUGGAAGACCCUGAAACCAACCAUCUCAUCUGCUGGAGCAGUAAUGGCACCAGCUUCCAUGUGUUCGACCAAGGCCGCUUUGCCAAAGAGGUGCUGCCCAAGUAUUUCAAACACAACAACAUGGCCAGUUUCGUCCGGCAGCUGAACAUGUAUGGCUUCAGGAAGGUGGUGAACAUCGAGCAGGGAGGGCUGGUCAAGCCCGAGCGGGAUGACACGGAAUUCCAGCACCUCUGCUUCCUGCAGGGCCACGAGCACCUCCUGGAGCACAUCAAGAGGAAGGUGUCCGUAGUGAAAAGUGAGGAGACCAAGAUGCGCCAGGAGGACCUCAGCAGGUUGCUAUACGAGGUACAGAUACUGAGAAGUCAGCAGGAGAACAUGGAGUGUCAAGUGCAGGACAUGAAGCAGUGAAAAGUUUCUCUUUCCCUUUUCCUUUGGCGAGAAGUCGUGUCUCUCCGGCAGAACCACUCCCAGCAACAGAAAGUGAUCAACAAGCUGAUUCAGUUUCUGUUUGGCCAGCUCCAAUCCAGCCCCAGCAGCACUGGGAUAAAGAGGAAGCUGCCUCUGAUGCUUGACAACGGGAUCUCAUCCCCACAAGUGUCCAAGUUCAGCCGGCACUUGUCGCCAGACCCGCUCCAUGACCCCUACUUCAUCCAGUCGCCACCAACAGAACCUGCCUCUUGCUUAAACAGCCCUGCAAUUGCUGGAGGACCCAUUAUAUCUGAUGUUACUGAAGCAUCACCACCCAACAUGAUAAAUAUGCAAACCCCUCCUGAAAAUGACAGAGAGAAGUGCCUGAUGCUGAUCAAAGAAGAGCCAGUCAGCCCUGGAGUGAAAGCCCCCACGGAGCCUGACGUGCCCCUGCCGGGCUGCCGGGCCUUCUCCGAGCCCCCCGUGCUGCCAGUUGCCAUGGUGCAGUCUGUUCUGGAGGGCAAAGGGAGCUGUGGUGCAGCCCCACCAGGGACCUCCCAGCCAUCUGAGAGAAGAGGCAGAAGGGCAUUGCUGGACAGAACAGAUAUUUCAGACCCAUUGGAGGGCACGGACUGGAGCCUGGAGGGGCUGCAGCUGCUGCUGAGGAGCCAGCAGUACGGCCUGGAACCCACCAGCCUCUUGGAUGUCUUUAAUCCAAAUGUAUCUUUGAGUGAGUGGAAUUUGACUGAAAUGGAAGCCAAUCUGUCCCCGAUGCAGCGACUCACAGUGGAUCUGGAGAAGAAUGCAACUGAGCUGCCCUCCAAAGUGUUCAGCCCACCCUUCAGCAGCACCUGCCCAGGGAAAGAUGUCAUUCUGGAAAGCACCCAGCAGUUCCUCACUGACCGUCAGUCCCUCUUUGGAACCGACCUGGUCAGCUUGCCUGAAACUUCUGCACUUUACCUUCCAACUGAAAACGGGGCUUCCUACCUGUCCUCUGUGGGUGUCCAAGGGGACAUCCCCUUAAACCUCAGCUCUUCAACUGACAGCAACCAGUGA